GUGUGUGUGUGUGUGUAAAAUGGAACCAAUACUUAUUAUGUGUAUUUUCCCUGCCUCUUAGAACUUGUAUUAAGUACAAGUGCGCUUGAUUUUACAUCCUGAUAAACCUUUAAAAUAUCCUAAAUUAAAAAUGCAUAUAGUACACCUAACCUAGUAACCACAGUAGCCUACCAAAUGCAUAUAGUACACCUAACCUAGUAACCACAGCAGCCUACCAAAUGCAUAUAGUACACCUAACCUAGUAACCACAGCAGCCUACCAAAGCCCUUCGCUCGAUGAUGUCAGUUGCUUAACAUUGUAGUCGUGUGGCCGGGGAGGAACUUAAACUGUCAAACAUUACAAGGAGAGCACUGUGUGAGUCCACUAUCUUAGGAACUGAACAGAAUUGUAGGGAGAAUGCCGGCCUAGCCUGUUCAAGGCCAUAUGUUCCAUUGACAGCAUUGGAAACCAAAAAAAGAUGUGAAGUAUACUUUAUACUAAAUGUUUAUCAUUUGCACAUUGUAAUGAAUGGAACCAUUUUAAAUGCAAAGCUCUCAGAAUGCCUGCUAAGUAAUCAGCAGUGAAUAUCUCUAGAUAACUGUUAUCAACACAGGCGACACUCAUGAAAUGCAGAUGCCCUCAGUGAGUUCUCACUACUGUGUUCCUAGUUUUCCCUGUUAGAAUUCAACUGUUCUGCCAGGUGGUGGUGGCGCACGCCUUUAAUCCCAGCACUUGGGGAGCAGAGGCAGGAGGAUCUCUGAGUUUGUGGCCAGCCUGAUCUAUAGAGUGAGUUCUAGGACAGUCAGGGUUACACAGAAAAACUCUGUUUUGGAAAAAAGAAAGAAUUGAGCUCUUUCUAUGAUCUACACCUGUCCUCUGACUCCUCCCCCUCCCCCGCCAUUGCAUUAGAACCUCGGGCAUGGUAAGGCAUGGGCUCUGCUACUAACCUAGGACCCCAGCCCCACCACAAUUUUGUUUGUUGUUUGUUUUAUUAUUACUAUGUAUACACACACCAGAAGAGGGCACCAGAUAUCAUCAUGGAUGGCUGUGAGCCACUUUGUGGUUGCUGGGAAUUGAACCCAGGACCUCUGGAAGAGCAGCCAGUGCUCUUAACCGCUGAGCCACCUCUCCAGCCCCCAUCACAGUUUUUAUUCUGUCUCCCAGCUCAGUUAUGUCAUUUAGUUUUACCCAGGCCAAAGCUGAACUCUAAAUAAACCAUCUCUCUGGAUUCUGAAAGAUCCUGUCUCUGCCUGUCCCCGCUGAGGUGUGUGGAAUGGCGGUGGAGAGGGAUUGCCAGCUGCUGACCUCACUGGGAGUGGCUCAGAUAAAAUGAAUGGAAGCUUGCAGUGGUCUAUGGGAAAAGAAGCCGUCAAGUGAGAUUCCCUUAAAACUGUCUUCUGAUCAUCUGCCCUCAAUCCACUUGCUAUAGCUGGACUCGAUUCCUCAUUUUCCUCCAUCCUUAGGGAUGCUCCUGUGCUGUUCUGGGGUGAGGAUGUGGUUAGUUCAGGAAGGAGAAGGAGAAGUGCAUAGAGUCUGUACUUCGCUUUCUGGCUUUUCUUAGGCACGAGUGGGUUUUAUCCUCUCCCCUGAUUCUGGCAUAGGGGAAGAGAAUGAAUGGUAUGGGCAAUUUUUUACAAGUAGUUCCAAGGAAAGUCUCCCAAGUUCUGGACUCAGACACUAAUAGAAUUAUUAACUCUUGCCAUUUCUCAAGUUCCUCCACCACAAGGGCCACAUGACUGCAAGUUCGUUAGUACCGUUGGGGGUGAUGACGGGUGUGGUCGAUGCAGAAGAUUAAGACUCAGGAGUCUUCGCCUAUCUGGCGUUUCAUUGGGUCAUGAGGCUUCUGAGAUGUGCUGUAGAGAGCCCACAGUGCUCCUGCUCAUUGGCAAACUGCUCGUAGACCUCUGUUCACCCUCCUGGCUGUUUGGUCUCUCUGGAUAGGCUCUUUCAUAACUUGAGUUGCUGUUCCAGCUUGAACAUAAGAGAAUUUGGACAUUUAUUUGAGUAUUCUAAGAAAGAACGAGCUAUGAAGUCAAGGUAUGGGAUUCACCUUGUAUUCUUCUAUAGAUCAAAGCGUCUGGGCUGGGGAGAUAGCUCAGUGGGUGAAGUGCUUGCUGAGCAAGUGUGAGGCUCUGGGUUUAGAUUCCCAGUACUCAGAUGUCUGGUGGUACACAUCUCAACCUGGGGAAGUGAAAACAAGCAGACAGGUUUGCUAGCCAGCCAUGCAUUCUAUCUGGACCCGAGAGCUCCAGGUCCAGUGAGAGACUGUCCCAAACAUGUGACACACACACACACACACACACACACACACACACAGGCGUGUGCCUGCAUAGAAGAGAUCAUCUCAUAAUGAGCGUGGGGUAAGAGAUGGGAUAAGUAGAAUGGGUUAGUAACAGACUUUCAAAGGGAGAAGUAAUGUACUGAUUUCUCUGCCUUACAGAUUGUGGGGGCCACUCUUCUGGACUUAGCUGAUUCCUGAUGUAAGAACCACCACCAGAGCUGAGAAAGCUCAAGUUUCAGCCUGAGGCAUGGGCCAGGGGCCAUGGUGACCUGAGACCAGUAGAUUCUGUCCAGUGCAGCCUGUUGCUCCUCUGCCUCCCCAUCCUGUAUUGAAAGAAUUUGUUCCCAUCUCAUGGGUCACUGACCCUGAGAGAAUCCCUUUCUCGUAUUUUUCUGUUCUUCUGCCCUACCGAGACCAUUCCAGCGCACAGAGGUCUUUCCUCCCAUCUCCUGAGGUGGCCCCAUUGCUUCCUCACCUCUCCUCGCCAUGCUCCAGCUGUGGAAGGUAGUGCGCCCCGCUCGGCAACUGGAACUUCACCGCCUCAUACUGCUGCUAAUUGGUUUCAGUCUUGUCUCCAUGGGAUUCUUGGCUUACUAUGUGUCCACCAGCCCCAAGGCCAAGGAACCCUUGCCUCUGCCCUUGGGAGACUGUGGUAGCAGUGGGGCAGCUGGCCCUGCACGACCUCCAGUCCCACCUCGCCCCCCUAGGCCUCCAGAAACAACCCGAACAGAACCCGUGGUUCUUGUGUUUGUGGAAAGUGCAUACUCACAAUUGGGGCAGGAGAUUGUGGCAAUUUUGGAGUCUAGUCGUUUUCGUUAUAGCACUGAACUAGCACCUGGCCGAGGGGACAUGCCCACGUUGACUGAUGAUAGUCAUGGCCGCUAUGUGUUGGUCAUCUAUGAGAACCUUCUGAAGUAUGUUAACCUGGACUCCUGGAGCCGAGAGCUGCUAGACCGGUACUGUGUGGAGUACGGUGUAGGCAUUAUUGGCUUUUUCCGAGCCCAUGAGCAUAGCCUAUUGAGUGCCCAGCUUAAGGGCUUUCCCCUUUUUCUACACUCAAAUUUGGGGCUCCGGGACUACCAAGUGAAUCCUUCUGCCCCACUACUACAUCUUACCCGCCCCAGCCGCUUGGAGCCAGGACCGCUGCCUGGUGAUGACUGGACCAUCUUCCAGUCCAAUCAUAGCACCUACGAACCCGUGCUUCUUGCCAGCCAUCGGACAGCUGAGCUCCCUGUGCCAGGACCAGGGCUUCGGCGGGCCCGGCUCCCAACUGUAGUACAGGACUUGGGGCUUCAUGAUGGCAUACAGCGGGUGCUAUUUGGACACGGCCUUUCUUUCUGGCUCCAUAAACUUGUCUUCGUCGAUGCUGUUGCAUACCUCACUGGGAAGCGCCUCUGCCUGGACCUUGACCGUUACAUCUUAGUAGACAUCGAUGACAUCUUUGUGGGCAAAGAAGGUACUCGCAUGAAGGUGGCUGAUGUUGAGGCUCUGCUGACCACCCAGAGCAAACUCAGGACCUUAGUCCCCAACUUCACCUUCAACCUGGGCUUCUCGGGCAAGUUCUACCAUACUGGGACAGAAGAGGAGGACGCAGGGGACGACAUGCUGCUGAAGCACCGCAAAGAGUUCUGGUGGUUUCCUCACAUGUGGAGCCACAUGCAGCCACACCUCUUCCACAACCGCUCUGUGCUGGCCGACCAGAUGAGGCUCAACAAACAGUUUGCUUUGGAGCAUGGGAUUCCUACGGAUCUGGGGUAUGCUGUGGCCCCCCACCACUCGGGCGUGUACCCCAUCCACACGCAGCUCUAUGAAGCCUGGAAAUCUGUAUGGGGCAUCCAGGUGACCAGCACUGAGGAGUAUCCUCAUCUCCGUCCUGCCCGCUACCGCCGUGGCUUUAUUCACAAUGGCAUCAUGGUGCUCCCCCGGCAAACAUGUGGCCUCUUCACCCAUACGAUCUUCUACAACGAGUAUCCUGGAGGUUCUCGUGAACUAGAUCGGAGCAUCCGAGGUGGAGAGCUCUUUCUGACAGUGCUACUUAAUCCGAUCAGCGUCUUUAUGACACACCUGUCCAACUAUGGGAAUGACCGACUGGGCCUGUACACCUUUGAGAGCCUGGUGCGCUUCCUCCAGUGCUGGACACGGCUGCGCCUCCAGACCCUUCCUCCUGUCCCCCUUGCACGAAAGUACUUUGAAAUUUUUCCUCAGGAGCGAAACCCCCUUUGGCAGAAUCCCUGUGAUGACAAGAGGCACAAAGAUAUCUGGUCCAAGGAGAAAACGUGUGAUCGACUCCCCAAGUUCCUCAUUGUGGGACCACAGAAGACAGGGACCACAGCUGUCCACUUCUUCCUGAGCCUGCACCCCGCUGUGACCAGCAGCUUUCCUAGCCCCAGCACCUUUGAGGAAAUUCAGUUCUUCAAUGGCCCUAAUUACCACAAGGGUAUUGACUGGUACAUGGACUUCUUUCCUGUUCCUUCCAAUGCCAGCACUGACUUCCUCUUUGAAAAAAGUGCCACCUACUUUGACUCAGAGGUUGUACCACGGCGGGGAGCUGCCCUUCUACCAAGAGCCAAGAUCAUCACUGUCCUCACCAACCCUGCUGACAGGGCCUACUCCUGGUACCAGCACCAGCGAGCACAUGGAGACCCGGUUGCUUUGAACUAUACCUUCUACCAAGUGAUUUCAGCUUCUUCUCAGGCCCCUCUGGUACUUCGCUCCUUGCAGAGCCGUUGUCUUGUCCCUGGCUACUAUUCUACCCACCUGCAGCGCUGGCUGACUUACUAUCCCUCUGGACAGUUGCUGAUUGUGGAUGGGCAGGAGCUUCGUAUCAACCCAGCAGCCUCGAUGGAGACCAUCCAGAAGUUCCUGGGUAUCACCCCUUUUCUGAACUACACAAGGACACUCAGGUUUGAUGAAGAUAAAGGAUUUUGGUGCCAGGGACUUGAAGGUGGUAAGACUCGCUGUCUAGGGAAAAGUAAAGGUCGGAGGUACCCAGACAUGGACAUGGAGUCUCGCCUUUUCCUUACGGAUUUUUUCCGGAACCAUAAUUUGGAACUAUCAAAGCUGCUGAGCCGGCUUGGACAGCCAGCCCCCUUGUGGCUUCGGGAAGAAUUGCAGCAUUCCAGUGUGGGCUGAUGCCCCAGCCUUCUCACACCAGCAAAAAGCCUGCUGCUUCACUGAGGGGCAAGCCUUAGAACAGGGCCCACAAGGGGGAUUAGAGUGGCCUGGCCCCUUACCCCUCUACCUCAGUGGCCCCCCAGGAUUGGAAUGGCUGAAAAGGGAAGGGCAUCCAUUCCUUUGACAUAGUUUGGGGGGCCUAAAAAAAGGGGCUUCCCCUUGGUACCGUUAUCAUGGUACUAGGUACCUUUGACCUAUGAACCUGGGAGGUGAGGAAGAGAGGGUCCGGGGAGGGGGUAGGAGAAUGUAUGAAUUCAUUAUUUCCCUCUUCAUCCCCAGCAGUUUAUGUGUCUAUGCCUACCCACGACAGGGCCCUUUGCUAAGGCCCCUCCAUCAGACAGUGGGCCCUGCCUGUGGCCUGGCCUCCCUAGUGUCAUUCACAUUGAAUGGGGAUGAGGUCGGCAAUUGCUCAUAGAGCUGAAUAUGAGCCCUAGCUGUGGGCUAGAAAUGUCCUUAAUAAACAUCCUUAUUUUUC